GAGAACUUCACGUUCCCUCGUUAUUCUUGAGAUCCCUUCCAGUUCUUAGCGGGAGUUUGUUGCCCCUUAUCAUCUCCACGAAGCCAAUAGCCACUGCUCAACAGCGAGCCGACUUCAGUCUUUCGUCUCGAUACCGUCGACCGGUUCCCCGCACCGGGUGUUGAUCAGGGACCUGGAGGCCAUCAGCAUUUAGUGGCUAACAUCUAGCCGAGUCAAUAUCUGUAGGCGAUCAACUCCCCUAGGCUGACUACAAGCCUCGUAUCCUCUUGAGCGAAAUACGAUCCUACCUGUCACCGUCAAUUCAGACAUUACGCCGUCUGCUAGGUUAACUGGAGGAAGAACAACCACGAUGUUCCGCGCACAGCAGAACGCUUUUGAUGACGCAGUCGCCAAGGCGACUGACGAAAAUCUGACAUCGGAGAACUGGGAAUAUAUUCUUGAUGUGUGCGAUAAAGUUGCGGCGGAGGAAUCCGGUGCGAAAGAUGCCGUUGCGGCCCUGAUCAAGAGGCUUGCGCAUAGAAAUGCCAAUGUACAACUGUAUACUUUGGAGUUGGGCAAUGCUUUGGCACAGAAUUGCGGUCCGAAGAUACACCGUGAACUAGCAUCGCGAAGCUUCACGGAUGCCCUGCUCCGUCUUGCUAGUGAUAGAAACACCCACCAGCAGGUCAAGGCAAAGAUUCUAGAGCGUAUGCAAGAGUGGACAGACAUGUUUUCAAGUAACCCAGACUUCGGUAUUAUGGAGCAAGCAUAUAUGAAGUUGAAGACACAGAACCCGAACCUGCAGCCCCCUUCAAAGCCCGUGAAGACAGAGAUAACGGAUGCGGAUCGUCAGAAAGAAGAGGAGGAAUUGCAAAUGGCGCUAGCGCUCUCAAUUAGAGAAAAGAACCCUGUGGCCCCUGAGCCAAAGCCGGAGUCAAGUACUUCUAGUGCUGCCCCUGCCAGCCAGGCACAAGCCCCAACACAUCAGGCGGUUCCUUCUGGUACUUCUGCUGCCACUGUCUCGCGAGUUAGGGCGCUCUAUGACUUCCAGCCUUCAGAGCCUGGCGAACUACAAUUCCGCAGAGGCGAUGUCAUUGCAGUGCUCGAAUCCGUGUAUAAGGAUUGGUGGAAAGGCUCUCUAAGAGGGCAAACAGGCAUUUUCCCCCUCAACUAUGUUGAAAAGCUUCCUGAUCCUACAGUUGAAGAGUUACAGCGGGAAGCUCAGAUGGAAGGCGAGGUGUUCGGCCAGAUAAAGAACGUUGAGAAGCUAUUGACACUCCUCAGCACGCGUAGCACCGAACCAAACGUUCAGGAUAAUGAGGAAAUCACGGCCCUGUACCACUCAACUUUGGCAAUUCGACCUAAGCUGAUUGAGCUCAUCGGCAAAUAUUCUCAGAAAAAAGAUGAGUUUACCCAACUUAAUGAGAAGUUCAUUAAAGCGAGACGGGACUAUGAAUCUCUUCUGGAGGCAUCCAUGUCGCACCCCGUCCAGCCUCCGUAUGGCAGGCCUGGUCCAUCCCAGUAUGGGUAUCCCGGGCCUACGGCAUCCAUGGGCUAUCCUCAGGGCCCUCCGCAAUCUGAUCCUCAAAGAUAUUUCAGCCCUCGGCCUCAAGGUUUGUGAUCGCCAGUGGAUAUUAUCAGCAAACAUAGCUCUAAUGUCACGAGAAGAAACCCAAUCACACCAGCCCAAUACAUCCCCUUACUACGGUGCAGACCAAGCGCCUAUGUACCCUCCGCCGUCUCAAUCCCCCGAUCAACGCAACCGUACACCCCCAGCUGGAGCAUCCUAUCAGCCUGUGCAUCAUCGACCAGAAUCAACAUAUGAACACCCGCAAGAACUAGGAACAUCUGUUUAUGACUCCCCUGUGGAGCAUCCGUCCGCAAGCCAACGACUUCCAUAUCCUGCUAGUGGACAAGCCCCGCCGGCUGCCCAGCCACCCUUCCAGCAACAUCAGCAACAACAACAACAACAACAACAA